CUCAGUCCAAUUAAGAGAGCAUCACUCUCCUCUCCCUCUCCCUGCGAGGCACUACCAACGUCUGGACAUACAUACAUACGGCCGAGCUAGGUAGGGCGUGGCAGAGAAUUGCUGGGCGUGGCCGAGAGAGAGACAGAGCUCAAGGAGGAGGGAAUUGGCCGGCGGGGAGGGGAGGAUGGGGAUGCGGCCUGGAUGGGUGGGGGGUCUGGUGGAGGAGACCUUCUUCGUGGCGUGCUCGGCGCACGAGAGCCGCAAGAAGAACGAGAAGAACAUCUUCUGCCUCGCCUGCCGCACCAGCAUCUGCCCGCACUGCGCCCCCGCGCACCGCCAUCACCCGCUCAUCCAGGUGCGGAGGUACGUGUACAACGACGUGGUGCGCCUGGACGAUCUUGAGAAGCUCAUCGACUGCUCCUUUGUUCAGCCCUACACCAUCAACAGCGCAAAGGUGAUAUUUCUCAAGCCCAGGCCUCAGUCCAGGCCUUUCAAGGGCUCCGGCAACGUCUGCUUGACCUGCGACAGGAUCCUUCAGGAGCCCUUCCACUUCUGCUGCCUCUCUUGCAAGGUGGAUCAUGUCAUGAUGCAGGGUGGCGACCUGUCCAACAUCCUCUACAUGUCCGGCGAGCCCGACGUCGCCUGCUUCCCGAGGUUCGAGGACCUCCGCGUCGGCAGCGGGCCGGCAGACCUCCUGGACGACGGGUGCGCCACCGGCGGGCAGAUCACCCCGAACUCCAUCCUCGAGGACCCGAUGCACCACUACGGCGGCGGCGGCUCCAGCUACCGCAGCGGCGGCAGCAGCCGGAACGCGCGCGGCUUCGACGCGGCAGCCAGCGUCGACGUCCCCGUCCCCGUCCCGAGGAAGAAGAAGUCGGGGGGCUUCUUCCCCCAGAUCGUCAUGUCCCUCAACAACAGGAGGAAGGGGGCGCCCCACAGGUCUCCGUUCGCCUGAUCAACGCAUGCAUGGAUCGCUACCUAGUACAGUUGGAUCAUCCCCCCUAUAUAUGCGUGUUCAUUACUAGCUAGUAGUACUAUUAGUAGCACGUUAAUUGUAAUCCUAUGAUUAGCCAUGUAGAGAGAGAGAGAGAGAGAGAGAGAGAGACAGAGACGUGUUGGUUGGUGGGUGGGUGAGAGAGGGAGAGGGAGAUGGUCUUUGCUGCUAGGGCCAGCCAUCUUAGGGCAGUGUUGAGGAGAGAGAGAGAGAGAGAAGAAGCUAAUUAGCCUGCUUGCAACUCCCCCUGUUACAGGACUAGGUGGGCACGCACACGGCCUGGUGGGGCACCUGAUUUAGGGUGUACCAGAAGGUCUACGUGGCCACCAAUUUUGUACUUGAUGUAACGGGGGUCACGGUUGCUCGCACACCUGCAGGUGCAGCUUACACUUCCAUGACCAUAUAUAUUGUCCCCACAUAUAUGUAACAAUCAAUAAUAGUGCUGUGUUGUGAGCU